AUGAGUAAACAGACCAAUAAAGCUUCAUUAAUCUCUGGCUGUUUACGACAGGUCGUAUGGAGAAACAAAUACAUGUCACAGGAAGCAAAAGUCAAAAUAUAUAAGACAUGUGUACGACCAAUUUCAACGUAUGCUUUAGAGUGUAGGCCAGACACUUCCAUAACAAAACAAAAAUUAAGAGCCACUGAAAUGAAAACUUUACGGCAAAUCUGUGGUAAAACUCUACGUGAUCAGAUCAGAAGCGCAGAAAUCAGGAAAAGCUGUAAGAUCCCCGACAUUGUACGAUGGGUACGAGGUAGAAGACGCGAUUGGAGGGAUCAUGUUGAAAGAAUGGAUAACAAUAGAUUGGCAAAAAUUGCAUACACGGAAAAACCAUACAGUCAACGACUUCCAGGUCGCCCUCCAAAACGAUGGAAACAAUGCUGGUCAUCAAUUUCACAAGAACAACCAUAG